AUGCCUCGACGAGAGAUCGCCCCCGGGCGAUCAUGUCUAGAGUGUCGCCGCCGCAAGAUCAAAUGCGAUCGUUCCCAUCCCUGCUCGUACUGCGUGAAGGUCAGCAUCCACUGCCAAUACCCUCCACCACAACCCUCUCACGGCCAUGUCGAUAGUCGCGUCGCAUCUAUCAAACCAAAACCUCCAGGAGUUGGGAAAACGUCGCCCGAUGUUGGAGUGACCUCGUCACAAGCAGGGAAUGGAGGCGACCCUGCUCGAGGCACCGAGCGCAGCCAAGUACCUCCAUUGCAGGGGUCAUUCCAGAGCCUAAUGGCUGGCUCAUCGCGUCAUUCUGCUGGAAACCGCUCGUCAAGCCUUCUCAGACCACAAGCGGCUAUUGAUCUCAAGGCUGUUCGUCCCUCGCUGGCAUCGGCCAUGCUCCUUUGGCAACAGUACCUACGUGUCGUGGAUCCCCUCCUCAAGAUAUUCCAUACUCCGUCCGUACAGCAGCUGGUUGUUAGGGCAAAUUGCAGUAGAGAAACUCUAGAAACUUCCGGAGAAUGUCUGCUGUUUGUGAUAUACUAUGCAGCUGUCGCAGCAAUACAUCUUGCUGAAGAGAUAACUGGGAGAUGCGACCAGGAUGGCCCCGACAUCUAUGCUCUGGUUGGGCUUGCUACUGGGAUGGCUCUCAAGAUGGGGCUCAACCAAGACGGAGAAGCCCUCGGACAGCCGCCCUUCGAGGUGGAAAUGCGCCGGCGACUCUGGUGGCAGCUCUUCAUCCUGGACAUCCGGGCUGCGGAGGACCGCCAGUCGGAGCCUUGUAUUCUGGAGUCGUCGUUCAAUACGCGGUUGCCAUCAAAUAUAGGCGAUGCCGAUCUCCAUCCUCAGAUGAGCAGACACCCUGUUAGUGGGAAGAACCGAACAGAGAUGCUAUAUAGUCUUGUGCGCUUUGAAGGCAGUUACUUUGCCCGACAGAUAGUCUUUUCAGAUGGGUUUGACCAAGCUAAUGCGUAUAUAUUGUUGUCGACGAAGCAAAAGCGCCACGCGAUUGAUCUCUUCCAGGAGCGUAUUGAGACCCAGUAUCUUUCACACUGCGAUGACAGUAUCCCAAUGGACAAGGUCACCAUAUGGUCCAUCCGGCUCGUCCUCGACAAGCUCAGACUAGUGGCAAUCGACCAGACGGCGGCAGCGGAUGCCCGACAAGGGUGCAUAAAACUCUUGCAGGAUGCCCAAGAAUUGCGAAGCUAUGACGGAGGGAAGCAGUGGCUUUGGCUUUUUCAGACAUACAUCGAAUGGGACGCAUUGGCGUGUCUACUACGGAGCCUACGUACUGAUAAAAUCAGACAACACGAUGAAGGCUGGCACACAGCCCAUGAUGUGUAUGUCUACUGGAAGAACCAUGAGUCUGUCCGACGGGACCGACGAUGGGAUCAGAUAGAAAGGUUGUCGCAGGAAGUGUUUGCUACACGGAGCGAAACUCCGUAG